AUGGGACCCUGGCAUCUCCUCACCAUCCUGAAGCUGUCGGUGUGCUGUCAGUCUCUGUUUGCAUCGGCUUGGUCAGUGAACAAUUUCCUCAUGACUGGGCCCAAGGCCUUCCUGACCUAUGCCAGCAGCGUGCAAGCGGGCGCGCAGAGUGGCAUGAAAGAAUGUAAACACCAGUUUGCAUGGGACAGAUGGAACUGCCCCGAGAGCGCCCUGCAACUAUCAACACACAAAGGCCUUCGCAGUGCCACAAAGGAGACGUCCUUUGUCCACGCCAUCAGCGCUGCGGGAGUGAUGUACACCUUGACCAAGAACUGUAGUAUGGGGGACUUCGACAACUGUGGCUGUGACGACUCCAGAAUAGGACAGAUGGGUGGCAGGGGCUGGGUGUGGGGCGGCUGCAGUGAUAACGUGGCAUUUGGGGAGAAGAUAUCCAAACAGUUUGUGGACGCGCUGGAGAAUGGCCACGACUCUCGCGCAGCUGUCAACCUGCACAAUAACGAGGCGGGCAGAUUGGCUAUCAAAGCUACGAUGAGGAAGGCGUGCAAGUGCCACGGGGUGUCCGGAAGCUGCAGCAUCCAAACGUGCUGGAUGCAACUGUCCGACUUCAGGGAGGUUGGGAAUUACCUGAAAAUAAAACACAAGCAGGCCAAGAAACUGGAGAUGGACAAGAAACGAAUGAGGGCCGGCAACAGCGCGGACAACCGAGGUGCCAUCGCGUACGCCUUCGGCAGCAUCGCCCGGACGGAGCUCAUCUACCUGGAGGACUCUCCAGACUACUGCACCAAGAACCAGAGCCUCGGACUUCACGGUACCGAAGGACGCGAGUGUCUCCAGGGGGACAAGACUGUCCCCCCGUGGGAGAGGCGGAGUUGCCGCAGGCUUUGCCACGAAUGCGGCUUGAGGGUGGAGGAGAAACGCACCGUGGUCGUCAGCAGCUGCAACUGCAAAUUUCACUGGUGCUGCACGGUGAAAUGCGAGAGAUGCGCACAGGUCGUCACAAAGCAUUACUGCGCUGGCAGCGGAAGAGGGCGGAAGCAGCAGAGCAAAACCAAGCGGAGGCACCGCGUGCGCCAGCAAUGA